GGACAGAAGGUUUGGAAGAGCAGUCGCUUUGGUCUUGAAUGUCUACAGAGCUGAGGACGUAGUUGUCUGUUCCACUGGCUACAAAUACAGAAGAAGUAGUGAAGAGUGGCAGAGUUGUACGGAGCUGAAAGGGCUGUGAGGCUUUUGAGGUCUACAUGCAUACUGACUACCUGGAAGCAUAGUGCCAGAAUGGAUGCUUUGUAAUGAGAAUCAAAUCUCAAGCACCUCUCAGAAUUGAGCUCAGAUCCCCAUACGUGACUGAUCUAUGAAAUGGCAGAGAAUGGAACAGAUUGUGAUCAGAGACGCAUAGGAAUGACCAAAGAACAGCACAAUGGGAACUUUACAGAUUCCUCUUUGUUGAGUGAACGGAAGCGGAAGGACCGAGAAGAGAGGUUGAAUAUUGUACUGUGGAAACAACCGCUUGUUACCUUGCAGUAUUUUUUCCUGGAAACUCUAACAAAAUUGAAGGAAUGGACCAUAAAAUUGUGGCAUCGGCGAAGUAUCUUGGUGUCUUUUUUACUGACGCUUGCAGUGCUUGCAGCUACAUAUUACAUUGAAGGAACACAUCAACAGUAUGUGCGGUAUAUGGAGAAAAAGUUCAUCUGGUGUGCCUACUGGGUAGGAUUAGGCAUUCUGUCCUCUGUUGGACUUGGAACAGGUCUCCACACCUUUCUGCUCUAUUUGGGUCCACACAUAGCAUCAGUUACCCUUGCUGCAUAUGAAUGUAAUUCAGUUAAUUUUCCUGAGCCUCCUUACCCGGAUCAAAUUAUGUGCCCUGAUGAGGAGACGACUGAAGGAUCCAUCUCUUUGUGGGCUAUCAUCUCAAAAGUCAGGCUGGAGGCCUGCAUGUGGGGUGCUGGCACAGCCAUUGGAGAGCUGCCUCCAUAUUUUAUGGCGAGGGCGGCCCGACUCUCUGGUGCUGAACCUGAUGAUGAAGAGUACCAGGAAUUUGAGGAGAUGCUGGAACAUGCAGAGACUGCACAAGAUUUUGCUUCCCGGGCUAAACUGGCUGUCCAGAACCUGGUGCAGAAAGUUGGGUUCUUUGGCAUUUUGGCCUGUGCUUCAAUUCCAAACCCUCUGUUUGACCUGGCCGGGAUAACAUGUGGACACUUUCUGGUUCCUUUCUGGACCUUCUUUGGUGCAACCUUGAUUGGGAAAGCAGUAAUUAAAAUGCACAUCCAGAAACUGUUCGUUAUUAUAACAUUCAGCAAACAUAUAGUGGAGCAGAUGGUGUCCCUAAUUGGUGCUAUUCCAAGUAUAGGUCCUUCUCUUCAGAAGCCAUUUCAAGAAUAUUUGGAAGCUCAGAGGAUAAAACUUCACCACAAAUCAGACAGUGGCAUGCCACAGGGGGAAAACUGGCUAUCCUGGAUGUUUGAAAAAUUGGUGAUUGUCAUGGUUUGUUAUUUUAUCGUAUCUAUAAUCAACUCCACGGCCCAAAGCUAUGCCAAACGACUGCAGCAGAAGAUGUACUCUGAAGAAAAAACCAAAUGAGCUUGGGGAAAAAAAAAAAAACACCUUGGAAAUGGGUUUUAGCAGAGACGAAAAGUGACACAUCUUUCCAUAUGUUUAAAAAUCAGCAUUAUUCAAAACGGGGGAAAACUUUUUAACAUAAUUUUCAACUCUAACAAAGUUUUUAUUUAAUUUUGAAAGUAAUUUGGAUAUUAGAGCAGACGUUUCAUUGACAAACUUAUAAAUGUUAAGGUAAGGUAUAAAUGCUUUAUAAGUCUGAGUUGUAUUAUACAGGAUGGACAAUGUGAUGUUAAAUGGUGUUUAACACAAAUGUUGUCCAUCCGGAUUACUUCCAAAAAUGAUGAUUUGAUGCUCUCCAUUUCCUGAUUUAACUUCAGACUGACCUAAGGGUAACUUUUUUUUUUUUUAUUUUGAAGGGUGGCUGUUUUGCUUUUUUUCCAUUAACUUUCAAGACCAUCAAAGUGUAUGUAAAUGAAUACAGAUUGGAUACAAACUGUUGCAUGUCCCUCAUGGUAAGGCUAUUCCAUCUGAAUUCUCCAGUGUCCCAUUGCAUUGCACGUGCUCUCGGUUGGAAAAGCCACCCUCUUAAACUUCAUGAUGUUAGCAGAGGUGAUUGAUGUCGAAGCGCUGACUGAAGCUGACGUUUUUUAUUCUGUAUAUUUAGAAUGAAGUUAAGAUAAAACUUUAUAAAGUCAUCUUUGAUCAUUCCAGAAUUUCUUGUGUCAGUCUUUUUAAGCUGUUUCUUUUCCUCUCCACUUUUGUAUGCUCAGUUUCUUUAUUAAGCCUUAAUCCCAUGAAUCGCAUGCUUUACUCAUCCUUCCUGCACAAAUGGUGCUGAAGCCCUUUGUUCUUAUUUUUUUUUCCUUGUUUCUUAAGAACUUCUUACUUAGCAGAAGGCACUAGAAAGCAUAUCACUGGCUUGAAGUGUGGCUCACUGGUUAAAAUAGGCAAGUUAAAUAGCUAGUGAUACUGUUAUCGUAAAUUCUUCUCAGAUGUUUGCCACUCAUCGCAGCGCCGGGGGCGAUGAAGGAGGACAAGAGAGGGGGGAAGAGUAAAGAUUCCAGCUGAAAACAGAUUUGAUGUCAAACCCAGCAAUGAUGCAGAGAACUUUAGAGAACCUUAACCUUAGGCUUUUCAAGUCAGGUAUUUUUCAAAGGUUAUGAAUCAGUGUGUGUUCCAGCUGUAAUGUACAUGUACAUAACUAAUAUUAAUUAGUAAGUAGAUAUCCAUUCCACUGCUACUGCGUAUGUGUUACUACUCUCAUAAUUUUUGAACUAUUGUUUUUAUUUUAUUUUUAUCCUAGUAACAGGAAUUACUUUGACUUUCGAUUAGCGUUAUCAAAAGGUGGCAUAUGAGCACAAAGCAGAUUAGCUCUUGCCCAGGUUAGAUUCCUCCCUGCUCAGGGCAGAUCUCGAGCGAGGCGUGCGAAUACGUAUUUUGUUCAAUCCUGCCUGAAUGUCCUCUUGUGUUGCCAACCGUCGUGACAUCUCCAUGGCCAUACCAUCCUGUCGGAUAGCUUAUCAGACUGAUGUUGACUGUUGGAUCUCAUGGCAACAACAGUCGGUAGGCUGUCUGACAUUUUGGUAUCUCUCAUCUGACCGUUUGCUCAUCCAUCUCCAACUGUUUUCAUUGAACAUCAACAGCAUAUAAAUGUUUUUAAGUUUAGUCAGAAAUGAGUUCAGAAGUCAGGCAGUGCAGCAGUCGGUGUAAGAAUCGUCUCUUUAACGUGUCAUCUCAGCCGUGUGUGAGGUUUGUAAUGUUUCUUUUGUAUGCUUCUAUAGCACUUUUAACAAUGUUAAUGAAUGAGUGGGGAGGCUUUUAAUACGGACCUCUCUCAAGAGAGCUGCUGAGUAGAUUUAAAUACCUAAAAGUGAGUGCUGGGAGGUACUGCAAGAGAGUUAAAAGCACAGAGGCUAUUCAUUUGCCCCUGUUGAUUUUUAAAAUAUGAACAGUUAUUUCUUAAAUUUUGACCCUUGUAGCUUGUUCACUUUUUGGCCUAAAUACUGCCUUUGAACAUAAUGCAGCAAAGAACUAGUUCUAAUACAAUACAUGCUCAAAAACCAUAGCCCUGAUACCUCACUUUUUCCAGUCUACAGAAAUUUUAAUUGUGCACUUGCAAGAGAUCACGUCAGCAAUUCAUAGCUGAUUGUUUCAUUUGUCUUCAGGGUACUUGGAUUAGUGAAACAGCUGUUUGCUACUUUUCCCAGUUCUAGUGGCAGCUUUUUUUCCUCAAAUCUGCCAUUCAGCUUGGGGACGCUGGUGUUUACUUCACACAGUUCUGGUAGUGUCUUAAAGCCUUUCGAGAGAGUAAAUGAGGUUUAUGCCAUGUUGAGGUCCCUGUAUGCUGUCAGAUUGAAAGGAGGAGACUGUAACAAUAAUUAAAAAGAAAAAAAAAACCAAACAACAGCCUCUUCCUAGAGCUUGAGCCAAUAAACUAUACCCUUCUAAAUGCUUUAGCAGUCUCCUCAUAAUUAUGCCUCCUUGCCUACUGAAACUAGAGAAAUUUUAAAGUUUUCUCCUACUUCAAUAUAUGUUUACAUACAUAUAGUGUGAAAUAUAUCUAUCUAUCAUUCUGUAACUCAUGUUUGUAUGUGUCCAUUCCAACAAGCUAUGCUGUUAUUUUGAAGCUUUCUAACACUCUUAAAGAAGGGACCGGUCAUUCUACCUUUUUGUACCUGUUCAGCUGCCCGGGAGGUAAUGAGACUUGGUAAAAGGUAAAAAAUAAUAGAAACGAAAGUUAUGCCAACCUAAUGAGAUUUGCAAAUGGAUAGGUUUAUGUUUGCUUAAAUAAACAAACAAACAACU